ACUCACAUCAAUCAGCUCUGAUACAACUGAGCUGUUUGUCCCCCUAAUAUUAUAUCUUUCCUUUCCAACUAUCUUUCACGCUGACUGUCUGUCAAUUCUUGCACUCUUGACUGUCGCCUCACUUUCCUCCACAUCCACCAUGUUCAAGAAGAAGCCUACCGUCAAACCUCUAGCCCCAUUGCGAUCUUCUGAUCGACGCAAGACCGCCGAGCAAAUUAUCUCAGAGCUAGGCCUAGAGCUCCCAUCCACAGAUCUUGACGAUCCCGAAGAGAAGGCUGCCGCCGUGGCGAAGAUAUCAAAUAUCAGGAAUGCUCUCCUACCCGAGAAUGCUUUAUCGGCCCGCUUCACGACAACUGUCGGGCCUGACCUGAAGCAAGUAUCUGGUACCGUCUAUGUUGGAAGCUACAGGGACGACCAGCGGAUCCUCUGGGUGAAGCUUGAGGAUAGGUUGUAUCCUACAGUCUACACUCUGUGGCAGAAUCCCGGAAUUGUGCCCCUUCUCCACACCCACACCCCGGUCAUCGAGAAGUUACAGGGUGGUGCAGACCUCAUGACCCCUGGCUUAGCUGCAGGCCCUCCGUUCCCCUCAAAAGCCAAACAGAACGCUACUGUCGCAAUUGCCAGUCUAGACUCGCCUUCCGUGCCGCUUGCCGUGGGAAGAUGUGAGAUCGACGUGAGUGCGCUGGAAAAAGUACAAGGGGCGAGGGGACAUGCGGUCGAGAACAUACACUGGGCUGGAGAUGAGCUAUGGUCGUGGAGCAAUGCGAGUAAGCCGGGCUCACAGCCGCCUGAUUCACUUCAAGGCUGGCUCGAUGACGAUGACGAAGCAGCGGACAUUGCUACGAAGACGGAGCAGCUUGACUUAGCGGAUGGUGCCAAUGGAGGUGUUUCUCUUCAUUCAGGGGAAGAGGUCGCAGGAGCACAAGAUAGAACAGACAUCAAAGAUGCUUUUGAGUCAGUGGAGGACAAGCCGUUGUCGACCAAAGAGAUUGACGAAGGCUUUCGGAAAGCCUUCCUUUACGGCGUACGACAUCACAUGGACGUCAACAGGGGUCAACCAAGCUUCGGUCUCAGCUUCCCUCUUACCCAGUCGUUCGUCAUGGCUAAUCUGGUGCAACCAUUCCUUCCUGCAUAUACACCUGCGCAAACUGCAUCCCUCCAGAUCAAGAAGACCAGCUGGAAGAACAUCAAGAAGUUCAUCAAGUCGUUAGACAAGGAGCAAAUAGUAAAGACAAAGGACCGAGACACCCAUGAAGUAGUCAUCAUGGACAUUGAUUUCAAAGACCGCACCAUAGCAGACUUCACACCUUAUCGGUUGCCGAAGAAAGAAACAGUGGGCGGCGCCGCACAAGGCCGGGAACACAACGCGACGGUGAUCAGCGAUCCGGGUGAUAGCUCUGUUGGUCAGAAAAUCAAGAAACUGGAACUGUACCGGCCGAAGGAGAAGCUGGCCGACAUGUUUGAGAAAGCACAAGCGGAUCCAAGAGGCUAUCAUACGACUAGUGAAAUCGGAUCUAUUGUCACCAGCUAUAUUGCGAUCGAGGAACUGGUUGUCGAAACGAAUAAGCGGCUCGUGAAGAUCGAUCCGAUCCUGGCAAACGCUGUCUUCGAUGGCAGCACUCAUCUAGACAAAGAAGUCAUCAAUAAAGGGACCGUCCCGCGAGAUGCACUAAUUGACCGAAUCAUCAAAUCUUGUAGUCCCUUUUGGUCUAUCAUCCGCAACGACGAGUCCUCAAGUACAUCAAAGCCAAAGGCUGGGGCAGCUCCCAAAAUCACAAUCAUGCUUGAAACCCGAAGCGGUAACAAGACCGUCACAAAGGUCUCCGGCGUGGAGGCCUACUUCAUCCCACCGCAGCCGCUCGCAGAUGAGCUCAGGAAAGUGUGUGCAGGUUCUACAAGCGUCGAGCAACUAAAAGGCAGUAGCCCGAAGACACCAGUGAUGGAAAUCAUGGUUCAGGGGCCACAGAAGGACGCUGUCAUCAAAGCGUUAGAAAAGCGGGGAGUGAACAGACAGUGGGUAGAGAUUGUGGACAAGGUCAAAGGGAAAAAGAAGGGCUGAAGGAGUGCAAGGCAAAAACAAAGAAAAUAUUCUUGCAUAUAAAAGACUCGAUACCCAAAUCUUUUGUCCAUAGAUCAUUGUGCAAUUCCGGACUUAUUCUUUAGGCAUUACUGGUC